UCGUCUGCUCGUCCUUGCCUGUAACCUGAGUGUUGCUAUCCUGCAUAUUCUUUCACUUUGUGAUUUUAAUCGGGGUUUUACGGAUGUAUCAUACCUGUCUACGUUUUCUUCAGCGUGUGUUUAGGUAUUUGUUAACUUUUAAUUGUCCUCCCUGCUUUAUUGUCGGACUCCGGAGUCAGCGCGACACAGUCCAGUUGGUGGUAGUAAUGCUCCAAAAAGUUACUCCCCACCGAAAACAAACAGUAGAAGAAGACACACGGAAACCACACUGUCCCACCACAAGCCUUGACUUUACAGCUUAAACUGUUUUCCACCGUCGCUUUGAGUCAGUUUAUGGCCAUUUACAGCAUGGCGUCUGAUCGACAACACUGUUCGUGCUGCUCCCAUCAGGCGUCCUCUCCCAGUGUUCACCAGACGCUGGAUGAGAUGGAUUUUGAGAGAGGUAUCUGGUCUGCUGCACUGGAUGGGGACUUGGAGAGGGUCAAGUCCUUGGUGCAGAAAGGCACAGACCCUAACCUGAGGGAUUCAGCCAAGUACACCGCUCUGCACUAUGCGAGUCGCAGCGGCCACCUCGCUGUAUGCAAGUUUCUUCUUGAGAACGGGGCUUGUGCCUCUCCUCAGACGUCAGGCGGGGCCACGCCGCUCCACCGGUCAGCUUACUGUGAUCACCUGGAUGUGGUUAGGCUCCUGCUGCAGCACAAGGCAGAUCCGAUGCUCUGCGAUGACGACGGAGCAUCCCCCUUGCACAAAGCUGCCGAACGGGGUCAUGAAAAGGUGUGUGAGCUGCUUGUUGAACACUGUCCAGCCCUCCUGAGCCAAGUGAAUAAGAAGCUCCAGCUACCCUACCAGCUGGCACCCGAGGGUCAUCUGCAGGAUCUCUUAAAACCGCCUCGGUGACGGGGGACAAAUCGCAUCCACAGCAUAAUGGAGUCUGUAUUGACUGAGAGCAAAAAGAAUGAUGUGAUCUCAAAAUGAACUGAGUCAGCGGGUGAGGUCUGCUGCAGUCAUGAUUACACCCAGACUGAGUGGGAUGCAGUCAAGGUGGUACAUUAGGCUGCUUUUUUUCCGCAGCUGAGCCAUUUCAUCUGUAUGCAAUGAAACAGAACUGAGUGCACAUCGUCAUUUUCCACCUCAGCACACGCCUAUUAUUGCUUUCUGUGUAGUUUACUGCAUACAAAAUUGGGACAACCACGAAGUUUUAAAGAUGUGGAAAACUUGCCAAAUACCACCCUGCUCCAAGGUCUUGUGCUGUUGUACUUUUGCACCAGAUGAGACACAAAAGGAAAAAAUGUUUUAAAUAUACAUGUUGCCGUGGAAUCUGCCAUGCAUUCAUGGAAAUUAAAAUUUUAACAACAAAUGUUUUGAUGGUGAAAUUGAGGGAAUAUAGCAAGAGGUAAACAUGGCAUCUUCUCGAUCAGUGGCCAUGACCAUUUUGGGUCUUUUUUAAUGAAACAGGACAGCAGUAUAUCAAUGUUAUGAGGAGUGAAGGGCAAGUUGCAGCCAAGAUAUUAGUGUGGACUGGAAAGCUAUGUAAUAUUAAGCAAAUAAAAUUCCACAUUGCCAUCUUUCACAGGUGGUGUUACUGACUGAAUCCCGUUGUCCAGACACUGACAAACAAUGUGGAGGCCCACUGAGCUGUAUUGUGCAUUUGUCAAUGAUUUUUUCCAUGGGAUGUAUUGAGCUGCCACAUAAGCAGAUUUUUAAGAUCAGCACACGUCUGUCAGAGGAGGGCGGAGGACAGGCAACUAGCUGCUUUUAAUGAUCUGAGUGCUUACAUUACUCUUUGGCAAAUUACUCUACUUCACAUGAACAGUUUUAUGUGUAUACAUUCAUCAUGC